AUGUAUCAAAAUGGUGGGAAGCUUUUAAUUGCAGGAAACGGUGGUUCCGCUUCAGAUGCUCAACACUUUUCGGGCGAACUCAUGGCGAAAUUUUCCGAAGAACGUAAACCUUUACCAGCAAUAGCACUUCAUUGCGAUACUUCAAGUUUAACAGCGUGGUCGAACGACUACAGUUUUCAUUCAUUUUACGAAAGAGCAGUUGAUGGUUUAGGAAAGAUUGGCGACAUUUUUUUUGCAAUAUCUACUUCUGGUAAUUCAAAGAACAUUAUAAACGCUGCAAUAAUGAGCAAGAAAAAAGGUUUGUAUGUUAUUGGUCUUCUUGGAAAAAAUGGUGGAGAACUAAAAAACUAUUGCGAUUUGUUUUUAACUGUUCCAUCUAACCAAACGCCAAGGAUUCAGGAAUCUCAUAUCCUUGUAAUACACAUAAUUUGUCAGUUAAUUGACAACGCAUUCACUAAAUAA